AUGGUGGCCCUGGUACACCACAAACGCAUCUUCCGGAAGCUUCUCCAAGUCGACAUCGUCUGCCCCCAUCAGAUAGAGGAACUUGGCAGCCUCGACGCUGCUGCCGGAUUCCGGCACGAGGCCGAGGUCGAGGGCGGCGGCCUGAGAAGCGUUGAGGAGCAAAGUGUUGAGCCCGUUCCAGUCGGGACGGAUCGCGUUCGAGUUUCGGGCGAUUUUCUCGACGGUCGAGAAAAUGACGUCUUUGUCCUUGCGCUCGAAGACUCCGGCCCCCACGAUUAUGGCAGGGUUCUUGGCGCUCGAGAGGACGGAGGUGAACGGGUGGCGGCCUUCGGCGAGCUCGGAGAGCGUUUCCGGGCCCGUGCCGAGGUGUUCGUGGUCGUAGUUGAAGUCGGCCGGUGGGCCCACGUAGGCGACUUUGGCAUUGGUGGCACGGACAAACGCAGGUCGGCAUUAGGAUUUGGACCGUUUCCUUCACACCAGAUGUUAUUUGACCCCAACUUGUUCAGGAAAUCUUUUAGAGCCAUCAUAGACUCUGCAUCAGAUAACUUUCCAGCAACACCAACAAUUUCUGAUGGUUUGACUUUGUGGAUGACCUCUGCUACUACAGCAAGAGCAUCACGCCAACUUACAGUCUUAAAGCGUCCAUCUGCACCACGAAUCAUUGGUUUAGCAGAUAUCAUAAAGGACAAGGAUAGCCUGGCUAAUGGAUAUUCUAGCACUUACGGUACCUCAUUCAAUCGAGGCACAAUGCGCAUGACUUCAGGACCUCUACUAUCAAUGCGAAUAUUAGAACCAACGGCAUCUGUUACAUCAAUGCUCUCAGUUCCUUUCAGCUCCCAGUUACGGGCUUUAAAGGCAAAAGGCUUUGAGGUCAGGGCUCCUACAGGACAAAUAUCUAUCACGUUCCCGGACAAUUCACUUGUCAUUAGCCGUUCUACAUAA